UUAGCCGGUGUGAGGUCGGGAUACGUUUCCGCCGUGGUGUGGGCUGCGGGUGUCGCGGGCGCGCUCUUUGCAACGGCCCGUGCAUUCGUGCUUCUUAUUUGUACUCCAGCGGUAAAAUCCGCGCCACCGGCCCUGCACCAUGGGCGGCUCGCGCGUGAUCCGCGUCACCAACAUCGCGCCGCAGGCCACGCGCGACCAGAUGCAGACGCUGUUCACCUUCGUCGGCAAGGUGGAGGAGAUCAAGCUGUAUCCGACCAUCCGAGACGUGGCCAUCCCGGUGGCGUCUCGCGUCUCCUUCGUUAAGUUCUUCGACCGCGACCACGUGGGCAUCGCGCAGCACCUCAACAACACAGUGUUCAUCGACCGGGCUCUCAUCAUCGUGCCGUACGAGAAGCCGGACAUCCCCGACGAGCACACCGCCAUGCAGGCGCUGGUGCAGACCAACGGUGUGCUGGGCGUCACCAACGAGGAGCGCCUGCCAGCGCACAUCAGCAACGUGGUCGACGGCGCCUUCUACAUCACCAAGGACCCGACCUUCGCCGAGCACGACGUGCCCGAAUACCCCCCGCUGCCCUGCACCCUCGAGUAUGGACAGGUGGAGGAGAUACGACGCACGGUCGUCGUGGGCAACCUGGCGCCGACUGCCACUGGCGCUCAGGUGAUCGAGUGGAUGUCGGCCGCGGGCGAGGUGAAGUACGUGCGCAUGUGCGGCCGCGACACGGACGAGUCGCGCGCCUGCCUGGUCGAGUUCACCGAGCAGGCGUCCGUCGUGCCAGCCAUCAGGCGCUGCGGCGAGCUGAUGGGAGACCGCGCCAUCGUCGUCGUGCACGCCAGCCAGGCCAUCGCCAAGCCGCAAAUCAAGACCAACGAGAUGGCGCAGCGCGAGAUCGAGGAGGCGAUGCGGCGCGCGCAGGAGCAGCAGAGCCUCAUCUCGUCCACGAUGCAGCCCGUCACCACCUACAUGGACGAUGCGAAGCGCAGUCGGUCGCGCUCGCGCGGCGGCCGCCGGCGCCGCUCGCGCUCGCGCGACCGGCGGCGGCACUCGCGCUCGCACAGUCGCCACCGUUCACGAAGCCACAAGCACUCGCCGUCGCGCGACCGCAAGCGCUCGCGCAGCCGCGACAAGAAGUCGCGCCGCAGCCGGUCGCGGGAUCGCAGCCGGCGCCACCGCACGCGGUCUCGGUCACGUGACCGCAAGAAGGACGACAAGGAUAAGAGCGGCAGCUCGCGAGACAAGGACCGCAGCAAGGACAAAGAUAAGGAUAAGGACAGGAGCAGGGACAAGGACAAGAGCAAGGACAAGGAGAAGGACAAGACGGAGAAAUCGUCUGACAAGGCCACUUCUGAGAAGGACAAGCCGAGGGAGUCCGUCGAGAAGAUGGACACCGACGCCAAAGCCGCUGACAAGGAGAGCGGUGACAAGAAGCCGGCCGACGCCGAGAACCGCACCUCGCCCGCCAAAAGCAAGCCGAAGGAGUCGUCGCGGGCUAAGUCGCGCUCACGCACGCCGGCCAAGAAACGCUCGCGCUCCCCGGCCAAGAAGCGUUCACGUUCUCCGGCCAAGAAGCGUUCGCGAUCCCCGGCCAAGAAGCGUUCGCGCUCGCGCUCGGCCGACCGGCGGCGCAGCGGGCGAGGUUCGCGCUCCUCGCCGGCGCGCCGAAGGUCUCGCUCGCGCUCCCGGCGGCGCGUGGUCUCGCCACGUCGCCGGCGCUCGCGCUCACCGGCCCGCCGCCGCUCGCGCUCGCCGGCGCGCAAGCGGUCGCGUUCGCCGCGCGGCUCCGGCCGCUCGCGCUCGCGGCGCUCCGCGGACCGCGACAAGAAGCGCGCCCGCAGUCGCGACCGCAGCAGGGACCGCAAGAAGGACAAGGAUCGCAAGGAGAAGGAGCCCAAGACAGAGAAGCAGGAGGCCAAGGUGUCGCGGGAUUAUGAUGAGGAGGAGAAAGGCUUCGAUGAGGAUGUGAAGAAGUCCUCGUCGCGUGAGGCGUCGCCCGCGAAGGCAGCUGACGCUAAGAAGGAGGAGAAAGAUCAGGGAGAGGAUGAUAUGGAUAUCUCUGAGUGAACGCUGUAUCCGCUGCCGUGUCCGUCAUUUCAAAUCGAUGAUUUUGCUCGGAUUGGAGACAGCACUCGAUUGUAGCGGUCAUAGGGUGGUGCGUAUUCCGCAUCAGGGGAACGUCUUCACGGUCGUGUUGGACCUGUCCUUAGAGUUGGAUCAUUUGCAAUUCCAUUGUCAUUUGUCAGAAUGCGAUGAAACGUGAGCCAUUGCCACCCGACCGCUGUAACGAGUGGAAUAUAAUAAUACCUAAAUUGUG